GUUCGCUUCGGUAGUGCCUCUGUAGUGCUGUAAGACGCUGCCACGACACCCAAGUUUACUUGCUGACAGGGCACAUCUACGAUGUUUGACGCCAGCGAGCGGGACCAGACUCAUGGUGGAUAUGACAAGUUCAAAACAAGCAGCGAGCCACAGCGGACCGAGAUGCUGCUGAGGCUGAGGAGCGCGGGCUCGCCGGUUGGAGGCGACAUGGACCCCCUGCUGCAUCUGGACUGGAACGACGCAGCGUUCCAUGAGGCCGCAACAGGAGGCCCUUUCGAGGAUGCCGUCGGACAGUCGGACGCGCGCACCGUGGACUCUGUCGAGCAGGUGCUGGCUGCCCACGGCGGCGUCAGGAUCAGCCGCGGCCUUUUCAAGUUUGAGACGGGGAAUGCGCUGCACCUGGCCCUGGCGCGCACGCGCGACCAGCUUCCCUGGCUGCGCCGCGGCCACCAGGCGCACGCCAGCUCUGGAGACGUGGCCAGCAGCUGCAUAUACGUGAAUGUGGUGCACGGCAAGUUUGCCUUCGAGCACCUGCCGUAUUUCUCGAUGACCUGAUGACCUGAAUGAUUACCGUACGUGUUUGAUGGGCGUUACCGAUCGAGCCAUGUGCGUGUCCAAGCAACAUAUAUACAGCUGACCUUCGAUCAGUGCCGUACGUAAUGUUGGGUGUGAGUUAUUCAGGGCAGAGGUUGUGGACAGCAUGCAUGGCGCAAUGCACUGUGUGGGACCAUGCUUGGCAUGGGAUGCAUGGGUGUAGAUGUGCAGCCCAUAUGGGUAUGAUAUGAACGCGUGUGCGCCCCAGCGUGUGCACUACUGUCGUACUGUGUGUCAUUUCAAAGGCGGGACGUGUUUCAAGGGGGCUAAUCACUUCGUUGCUGUUAUGGAAGCGUGUCCUUUGUCCAUCCGAUUCGGCAU